CUGCUACUAGACACGGAAGCCCGCUAAGCUUCUAUUCCAUCCACAGCCAUUUGAACCACUUGUACCUGCUCCUCAAGGUCAUCAGUACUUGACUUAUUUACGACAUAGCCCUUUAGGUUUGUUGUGAACUGCAGAAAGGGAAUUAUAGCCGAUCAUAUGUUCCUAGCCACUUCUGAUAAAACUAGAAAACUAACUCAUACUUUUCGUUGGGUAUACAAGUAUUUCAGCACAUUGAAAGAAUUUAGAGAUUACUAUGAGGUCUUAAAUGUCAAAAGUACAGCAUCCCUAGAAGAAAUUAAAGCUGCCUACUUAGAUCUAUCCAAAAAGUACCAUCCUGACAAGUGUUUAGAUGAUAAAGCAAAGAAACAUUUUGCCGAAGUAAGCGAGGCGUAUUCGGUCCUCGGAAGGUCGGAAUCUCGUCGAGAAUAUGACUUAAAUAGAAAAGUCAAUGCCUUUGGUAUUAGUGCUGAUGCUUUUCGAAUGCAUUAUCCUCACCCACCAUCUGAUCUUGACAAGGUUGGUUUGGAAGCUUAUGAGAACGAAAUGCGAAGAAGAUGGCUGGAAAAAAUGACACAGUGGGCAAAAGCACAAGGCCAGUAUGAACUCGAGAGAGGUAGAGCAAUGAAACCUGUCACUGGUGUUUAUCAAUUUGUUCAUCCAAUAACCGGGUAUACUUAUACUAAUAGUUUCAUUUUCAUUUUGACAUUUUUAGCUGGUGUUAUAUUAUGUAUAAAAUCACUGUCAUAGAUAAAUCAUACAUAUUUUAUUCUGUAAAUUUUUAAAAGUGUAACUAUCUGUAAAUCGAUUCACCUUGUCACUAAGCAGUUUAUUUAUAUAGAUAUUUCCGAAAAGUAA